CCAAGUCGACGCAUGCGUCUACGAAAAAGGGACACAAAAUGGCCGUCUUUGUCGCUUCUCUGUGGUAGGUAUUCUCGGCCCAUACGCAACACUGAAACGCAGUGUAAAGCUAAAAAACUGUGACUGAACUUAUAGGCACAUUUUUUAUAUAACUCUCAGAUAAUCAAAAAAGAAAUCAACAUGAGAGAUUUCCCAAGCGGCUGUGAAUUUCCUGUUGAAAGUCUUCUACCCAAGAAGGAAACUGGAGUUGUGUCCUUUCUCACAAAGUAUCCAAAUUAUGAUGGCAGGGGUAUUGUUAUAGCUAUUUUAGACUCGGGAAUUGAUCCGGGAGCACCAGGUUUACAGAAAACUUCAGAUGGAAAAACAAAAAUAAUUGAGCGAUUUGAUUGCAGUGGUUGUGGGGAUGUGACUACAAAAACCAUUGUAGUACCUAGUGAAGGAAUUAUAACCUCCCUUACUGGAAAAAAACUGAAAAUUCCACUGUCUUGGACUAAUCCUGAUGGAACAUAUAGACUAGGCAUAAAACAUGCUUUUGAUUUGUAUCCAGAUAGAUUGAAAGAUAGAAUGAAAGCGGAAUAUAAAAAGAAGUUUUGGGAUGAGAUUCAUAGAAAGACGAUCAGCGAAACUAAUAGAGAAAUGGCUGAUUUUGAAUCAAAAUACAUCAACAAAACCUUAACUGAUAUGGAGAAAUUAGAAAAGGAUAACUUAGAGGCACAGUUGGAUAUUUUGAGUAGUUAUGAGAAGAAAUUCUACGAUGCUGGGCCAGUAUAUGACUGCAUUCUAUUUUAUGAUGGCAAGAAGUGGAUGUGUUGUGUAAAUACAUCCGAAGACAAUGACUUAUCCAAAUGUCCUCUACUGGGAGAAUUUAGUGUAACUCAUGAAUAUGCUCCUUUAACAGAGGCUGAUAAACUGAAUAUCAGUAUUAAUGUCCAUGAUAAUGGAGAUGUUUUGGAAUUAGUUGGAGUGUGUUCCAGCCAUGGUACCCAUGUUGCUUCCAUAGCAUCCGCAUACUUUCCAGAUUGUCCUGAGCAAAAUGGAGUGGCUCCAGGUGCUCAGAUAGUUUCGUUAACGAUAGGUGACGGUCGAUUAAGAUCCAUGGAAACUGGCACGGCUCUCACAAGGGCAAUGAUCAAAAUAACUGAAUUGAAAAAAACUGUAAAUGUACACGUUAUAAAUAUGAGCUAUGGAGAACACGCUCAUUGGGUUGAUGCAGGGAGAGUCGGUGAUUUAGUGAAUGAAAUUGUUAAUAAAUAUGGAAUUGUAUGGGUUUCUUCAGCCGGUAACAAUGGUCCAGCUUUGGGUACAAUAAGUACGCCUUCUGAUGUUAUUAAUGAACCUAUCAUAAGUAUAGGAGCAUAUGUAUCGCCAGAAAUGAUGAUUGCAGAAUACGCUAUGAGACAAAAAUUACCAG